CUGCAGCAGGUAAUUUAAAAUAGAUGUAAAGAAGCUUGAUUAAAGAUUGGAAGAUAUGCUAAGUGUAGUGGACAGCAUCUUCAUGUUUGUUUUGAUUAGUGUAUCAAUACUGGGGAUUUUAGGGAAUGGAUUUAUCGGACUUGUAAACUGCAUUGACUGUGUCAAGAAUAAGUUCUCCAUGAUUGCCUUUAUUCUCAUUGGCUUAGCUAUUUCUAGAAUUUGUUUGAUAUUGAUAGUAAUUACAGAUGGAUUUAUAAAGGUAUUCUCUCCAGCUAUGUAUGCUUCUGGUAACCUAAUUGACUAUAUUAGUUACCUAUGGGUAAUUAUCAAUCAAUCAAGUACCUGGUUUGCCGCUAGCCUCAUCAUAUUCUAUUUCCUGAAGAUAGCAAAUUUUUCCAACUACAUAUUUCUCUGGUUGAAGAGUAGAAUCAAUAGGGUUAUCCCUCUUCUGAUGGGAUCUUUGCUUAUUUCGCUGUUACUUACUUUUCCACAAAUUGUGAAGAUUAUUAAUGAUUAUAAAAUGAAGAAUGUCACAGCCUGGCAUCUCAACAUGGAUAAAAGUGAAUUCUUUAUGAAACAGAUUUUGCUAAAUCUGGGAGUCAUUUUCUUAUUUACACUAUCCCUAAUUACAUGUUUCUUGUUGAUUGUUUCCCUUUGGAGACACAACAGGCAGAUACAACUGAAUGUCACAGGAUUCAAAGACUCCAACACAGAAGCUCAUGUGAAGGCCAUUAAAGUUUUGAUAUCUUUCAUCAUCCUCUUGAUCUUACAUUCUAUAGGCAUUGUCAUAGAAAUAUCAUGUUUUUUUGUGCCAGAAAACAAACUGCUGUUUAUUUUUGGAAUGACAACUACAAACAUCUAUCCCUGGGGUCAUUCAUUUAUCCUAAUUCUAGGAAACAGCAAGCUAAAGCAAGCCUCUUUGAAGGUACUGCAGCAAUUAAAGUGCUGUAAGAAAGGGUAAAAAAAUCUCAGAGCCACAUAGACAAGCCAGGGGAGAAGUGAAUGUUCUAGGACAGUAAUCCAGUGAUUAAAUUCUUGAAGACCUGCUUCACUUGCACUGCAUUCUUGCAUUGUUUUUUAACCACGUUAUUAAACACCACUGAUAUCUUCCA